AUGCUACUUCGAUCCCCAAGCGCGGCACUCCCCUCGCCCCUUAGCCUUGCCAAUGAUAAGCGUCGUUGGGCAGCCAACCGUGCUCCUUCCUCCGCAGUGAGAACCCGGAUUCUCUUCACGGGAACUGCCAGCACGGUCGUCUCCCAAGCUGCUGCUAGCCACCACCACUAUGCCGCUGCUGCCGUCUCCUGUGCCACUGCCGCUGUCUCCCGUGCCGCUGCCGCCGUCUCCUGUGCCACUGCCGCUGUCUCCCGUGCCGCUGCCGCCGUCUCCUGUGCCGCUGGUAACCACCACUGUGCUGCUGCCGCGUUCACAUGCCACAGUGUUGCUGCCGCCCUCGUCCCCAGCAGCAGUGUUGCUGCCGCCCUCACAAGGAGCAGUGAUGCUGCUGCUUAA